GUGCCCCGCAGGGGAUGGCAGCUUGGGGGGGGGUUACGCCAUGUUAAUGGGGUGAUUCCCCCCCCCAGCACUGGUAUUGCCUGGGUGGGGGCUGUGCCCCGCAGGGGAUGGCAGCUUGGGGGGGGUUACCCCGUGUUAAUGGGGUGAUUCCCCCCACACCCCAGCACUGGUAUUGGCUGGGAGGGGACUGUGCCCUGCAGGGGAUGGCAGCUUGGGGGGGGUUACCCUGUGUUAAUGGGGUGAUUCCCCCCCACACCCCAGCACUGGUAUUGCCUGGGUGGGGGCUGUGCCCCGCAGGGGAUGGCAGCUGCCGAGGUUACCCCGUGUUAAUGGGGUGAUUCCCCCCCACACCCCAGCACUGGCAUUGCCUGGGUGGGGGCUGUGCCCUGCAGGGGAUGGCAGCUGGGGGGGGUUAUCCCGUGUUAAUAGGGUGAUUUUCCCCCCCUCCCCCGCAGCACUGGUAUUGCCUGGGGGGGGCUGUGCCCCGCAGGGGAUGGCAGCAUGUGGGGGGCAGGGGUUACCCCGUGUCAGACGAACUGCUGAGAGCACUGACCCUGGCUAUGGUCUAUCCCGUAGCUCUGCCUUGGUUAAUCAGGGCGCAAAGCUCGCUGAGCAUGAAAUGACAGUAAUAACUAUCUCUGAUAAUAUGUUUGUCCACUGUGUAUCUCAAAGCUGUUCACAAGGUAAACAGCAUUACCCCCAUUGUGCCAUAGGGGAAACUGAGGCACAGAAGGGACUAACCCAAGGCCUCACUGGGAGUCAGUGGCAGAGCUGAGGAAAAGCUACUGCUCCCCUACUUCCCAGUGGUUCCAUUUAGAAUGGAAGAAGCUGUUUUUAUAUGUUAAAUGGUGUUUUUGCAUGGGAAUAAAAUUGAUCCUGAUUCAUAAGGGGAGGAUUCUCACUGCAGGGCAGAGUUGCAGAGGCCUAUGAAGAAGUGCAAUUACAGAUUCAUGCUGACACCAUGGCACCCUUGGAAAUUUUUAGUUAGUAGAAUAAAUUAUUUCCUGAAGAAAACUAACCUGUGUAAAGGCUAACUGAGCCAUUGGAUUUCAGAAAGACUGAGAGCUCUAUUGAAGGCUGUUUUCAGGUUUUAAAAUGUUCUGUUGCUUAGUGGGGAGAGACUUACUACUUAUCUGUGAAAUAUUGUAUAGCUAUGAUGUGAAUUUUUCCUAGCCUCUUGCUUAAACUAUGAAGUAACUUACCGCUAUGCUCUGAAAAUAACUUAUCACUGUUACAUUCUGAAAAUGCAUUUCAGAUAUUAGUUGCUAAGACACAUGAUUAACAGCCUUUUAGAAAAUUAACCUAAAAUAGAAUACUAUGUGCUGAAUCUUGAAUGACAAGGUAACAUGGAUUUGAUUUAGCAGUAAGACAAAUAAGGGCUAAUACUUUGUCUAUGCAGCCAUGCAGACCUGACUUGGAUUCCCUUGUAGCUUGUUCUUUGAGACAGUAAGGGUUUGGAGAGCUGCAGCUUUGGUGCCCUCAGCCUGUGGGGAGAUAGUACCUCAUGUAAUCUUACACUACUCAUGUAACUUGUUUAAAUAUCCUUAAUUUUAAAAGGCUUCUCUGUUCUGUUUGUAAACUGCUAAUAUCAGUCUCUAGGCAUUGGAAGGCAUAACUGACAACUUCCCAGCUGCAUGUUGGGCAUUCGCAGGUGGUUCAGAAAUGCCAAACUACAUUAAAGAGACAAGGUGGGAGAGUUAAUUUUUUUUUCUUGGACCAACUUCUGUUGUUCUUCAGAAGAAGAAAACUUCAGAAGAAGUUGGUCCAAUAAAAGAUAUUACCUCACUACUCUUGUCUCUCUAAUAUCAUCUGACACAGCUACACUACAUUGCAUAAACUAAAUUAAAUGUUGUCAAAUCAAUGUAAAGUUGGUAUGUGUGGAGAAGUACUACUUACCAUGUUAAUCGGUGUGCUUUGAUGAGCAAAUUGGGGCAUCUUCAUUUUAAUCUAAAAAUUCCAUUUACUUGAGUAAUACAUUUAUCCACGGGGCACGCCAACAAGGAUCACACUUCAAAUAAAAUACUAGAUUAUUUUCAGAGCCCCUGUAUAUAUAAUUAUUGUUUUAUUUUUUUAAUAAUCUUAAUUGCUUGUACAGUUGAACAAUAAAAAUCCUGUGGCUCUUAGCAACCUUUUAUCUCUAAGUGAGAAAUGGCCAAACCAAGAUACUGAUUCUUCAAGGCCUUACUCAUAGGAGUAAUCCUUACUCAGACAAGUAGAAUUGCUCAAGUUUUCAAGUCGACGGGGUGUCCGUUUGCAGUGAGGAUUAUGCAUAUGAGUAAGAUAUGGCAGGAUCUAGCCUUUUCCGAGCAUAUGAUAAUAGAUUCCAUUUCUUUAUAAAUACAUGCCACUGCCUGUGGCGAGUUUGAGAGAGCCCACCAGUGUUGGUGCAAAUGACAGAGGCUGAUGAUGGAGACUGGAAACCAUAUUAACUUUAUAUUAAUUUUUCUUCUUUCUAUGCAGUAUAUUAUCUCUAAUCCUACAUUAAGACCAAAGAGACAAAUAAAUAGACAAAACUUAACAAUAAAGGCCAAGUUUUGCCAACUUUCUACUGAGUAGUACUGCCAUUUGUCCUAUUGCAGCGUUUCCCAAACUGUGUUCCGCACGAUGUGAAUAGGUGUUCUAUGAAAGAAUCGUAAUUAAAAAAAAAGCAUCUUUAAAUUUUUUUUAAUUCUAAAUUUCGCAUAUUUGAAGCGUAGUUUACAACUCUUUUUGAAUGACUAUAAUUUAACAUAAAACUUUUUCCGGUUAUUGAUAGAUCUUGUAUUGAAUAUCAUGGCGUAAAAUUAUAUUUGAGCAUAAAUAAUUAAUUUUUUAUUUGAAAACGAAACGACUACAAAAUAAUAUUAUAAGUGUUCCGUAAUAGGCUAAAAAGUGUUUCGUGGCCAAAGAAGUUUGGGAAACGCUGUCCUAUUGUAAUCAAGAGGGCUACUCACAGACCAGUGUACGACUCCAUGGAAAUGAGGUUGGCAGAAUAAGGCCCUAUAUAAACGGAUGACUUUGGAAACUGAACAACUGGAAAAUAGCCUAGUUAUAUUAACUUAUUUGCGAGAUGGAAACACCAUUGUUAGACAAAUCAACAUCACUGUGCAGUACUCCAAAGGACUGUGGGACACUAGCUCCUCAGAGCAGUGGCUCAGGGAAAAAGCCAAUGAGCACAACACUUAAGGAGCGAUUAAAGAAAGCAAGACGUUCGUUUAAUUCCAGUUUCACUGUGGCAAAACGCCUUAAAGUAGAUAUUGAAGAAAAAGAUUACAGUACUUCUGAAGAAGGGGCUUUGUUGGCAAAAGGAGCCUGUUCUAGAUUGCAAGAUAGUUGUGAAAUCCUGGAGAAGAACUGUGCUGCAGAUAUAAGUUUGAAUAGUCCUUUACAGGAGAGACAUUGCUGUAGAUUUGUUCAGAAUUCUCCACACUCUGUGGUGUUGGGGGCUGACCUUAGUCAACAAGAACUACUGGAGGAAAAAUUAAGAUUGCUGAAGCAGGUCCAAGAGAAGGAAGAGCUGCUUCGAAGACUCAAACUGGUCAAGAUGUACAGGUCCAAGAAUAACCCAUCAGAAUUGCAAUCUUUGAUAACGAAAUGGAGAUGCAGCACCCAGUUGAUGCUUUAUGAACUCCAGUCAGCUUUGUCUACAGAUGGCAGUAAACUGAGCCUCACUCUGUUGAUAGACAAUUUUGGAUUAGAAGACAAGUUACUACACUACAGCAGAGCAGAAGACGACUUUACAGAUAUGUAAUUUACCAUUACAAAGGUCUCGGUUAUAAAAAAAAGUCUUCAGAAAAGAUUAAAUAUCAACUGAUUGCAUCAUAAGUAUUAAACCAUCAUGAUAGUUUGUUUCAAUAGUGGAUUGUUGUAAUAGACUGUGCUUAUGUAGUUUUCUGGAAAGGAUUAUCUCUUACUGACUUAUAUGGCAGAAACUUAUUUACUGAGAAAAUUGCCAUUAGUGAAUGUGAAAAUGAAAUCUAGUAAUAUUGUACUUAAACAGCAGGCUGUAUCUUCUCAUAUCAGUUUUACACUGUACAUUCUCGUUUGAUAUAAUGGGAUCAAGUUAACUGUUUUUUUCUAGUUAAUACUAAGAUGUUGAGGAAUUCAACACAUACAUAUUCUGAAAGUUUCUUCAGUUUGCCAGUCAAUUGAUGCGAGCUUUCUAAGGGUUAAGUUCAGGUGUAAUCACAUUGCAUAUUCUCAAUUACUGAAGCAAUAUUGAGUUUUUGUGCAUGGCUUUAUUUCUUGUGAUACUAGAAGCAAUACAUAUUCUAUGGUGCUUAACAAAAACAGAACUGUGUCUAAUAUGUUUAAAUGGCUGCAUUUAAUUUACCUUUCUGCAAUUAUUCUUAGUAAAUCCCAAAGCCAUUUUCACCUUUUUAGGUUUUAGUUCUAAUUUGUGAGUGGUAUUUUAUUAUAUUAAUUAGAGAUUGUGUGAGAGAAAUUGAUUCCCUGUUGACUAUCUCCUCCUUGACAAUCCAUUUAUUUUAGCUACUUUCUUCACUGAAUUUCUUCUUUUUUUACUUUGAAACACUUUUCAUCCAGUGUAAGUUUAUAAGAACCCCAACUGCCCCCCCACACCUCCAGAAUGCACCAAUUCGUUGUACACAUACAGAUUCCUAAUCUGCUGUAACUUUGUUUUAUUGUACAUGUGACAAUUUAUACUCCCUUCCUCUACACUGAGACACUUCCGAUGUACCUGCAGGGAAAUCAGGAAAAAUCUGAGUUUAGAAGUAGCAUAUUUUUGUUUUGCUGUUCCAGAGUACCAUGCUCCUGUUUAUCAGGUGACACUAGACCUAAAUUCUGCAGCAAGGCCCUCUUGGGUGGAAGGUGAAUUUUACUGCUAACUGGGAAUUUAUAUAAGCAGUGUUUAUUAUUAAACCAUUUGAUAAUCUGUGUAGUUACUAAAAUGAAAAAGGGGCUGAAACAGUGUCUUGGGUAAGAAGAUGGGGCAUCCAGAAGGGAUUAGCUGCCCUCCCAGGGCUCUUCGGUUCUGCUGGAUUGGAAUUCAACCCCUGCCUCCUGAUGAGGACUUGGUACGAGGUAAGAAAUCUGGGAAGAACCAUGGAGGGGUAGUUAGACUACUUAUGAAUCAUAGUUAAAAUGAUAAAGCAAUAAACAGAAGUCAGAUCUAGAAGGAGGUAGCAAAAGCAAUUGAGAAGUUUUAAUAACAAAUAUAGUAUUUCCCAAACAAAAGUAUUAAUGCUGUUAGUGAUGUCACCUUGGAAUGGGGCUCUGACUUGAGGCAUAUUUCCUAGGAAAGAUGAGGGAAGAAACAAUUCAGAACAGGGGGGGGAAAUUGUAAUGGCAGGAAAUUCCUGUGCAGGUCCAUCUUAAACCACAUGGUAGAAUUUACUAAAGGUUCCUCUUUUCCUUAUCUGCUUCCUAUCUCUUUUGCGGGGAGAAGUGGUAUGAGAAGAAAUUUCAUGCCAACACAUCUGAAGUUGGACUCCACUAGUGGGGCAUAUAGUAGAAACUGUUUAAGAAGAGUUCAGUAGGGUAGCUCUAAUGAUGCUUAUUUAAUCUACAGACUGUGAGAUUUAUUUUUUUUAAAAUACAGUGAAGUGGAAUAAAAUUUAAGAGCAGAAAUAAGAUGAUCUAAUAAUGGUUUAAAAA